AUAGGUGAGAGGACUGGCAAAAGUCGAAGACCACAUAAAGUGUCUUUUAGGGAAGGAUUUUUUUUCUCACAGCUUGGUUACUUAGCCUCUAUUUACACUCUGUGUGAGGGAAAUUCUGAUACGCUUUACUAGGAGGGGAGAUGUCUCAUGUAGUUUGUUGUUUUGUUUUUGCUUCUUUUUUUCUCCUAGGUGUAUUUUCAGCUUUAUUUUCAGUGCAGAUGAUGAGAGAAUGAUGAUUGCAUUUUCAGCCGUAUAUAUUGGUGAUUUUUGCAUGGCAAGGUGAGAUUUGCUACUGCAGGUCAUGACGGGUUUCUCUUAACGGACUGGAAUAGAAGCCAAAAUGUUGAAGACUUGAACUGAUAAGAUGUUGUACAGAUUGUAGACGUGGAGUGUAGAAUGCAAUUUCCAGUGAAUCAAUAUUUGAGGGUAGAAGUUAAUUUGCUCUUAUGCAGUCGUUGUUUCAGUGGCAUCAAAAUCAGGUUCCAGUCUGUAGUUAGUCUAAAAUUAUAAUGCUUUUAUUUACCCAUUGUCACCUCAGAGCUAAGCAUGUUGAAUUUACAAUUUCUUACUGGUCUCAGUAAAAUAUUUGGAAUGUCUUUUAGAGCAACGUAUUGGAUAAUGCCUCCAGGAUAACAAGGUGGCUUUUUUUUUUCUUUUUUUUCCCUUGGAUUGAAAAUUGCAGAAACUUGUUGGAGAACAUGUGUCAGCUGCUUGUACUGAUGUGUUAGAGCUGCUUUCCCUAUGUUGUGCGUACUUGGAAAAGUUGUUCUCACCUCUUAUCUCCUCCAGCAGGGUGGUACUGCUGAGUGGAAGAAUAAGUGCAGUUAUUUUAGCUGUUUCUUUAAACCCAAUCCUGUGAUACUACUCCCUGCAAACUUGCUGUCUUGUUCCCUUCCUCAACCACUUCUGCAUGAAAGAAAGAGUCUUCUGGCUUUUGCUAGUAAGCUUUAUGAAGAAGAAGAGGACGAUGCCCUGCCAGACUCAGAUGCCCUGCCAGACUCAGAUGAUGAGGUGGAACUGGAUAAACCACGCCCCAUACAGAUUGUCCUUGCUCAUGAAGACGACCAUAACUUUGAAUUAGAUGAAUCAGCAUUGGAAAAAAUCUUGCUUCAGGAACAUAUUAAGGAUCUUAACAUAGUGGUUGUAUCUGUAGCAGGAGCUUUCCGUAAAGGAAAAUCUUUUCUGCUGGACUUCAUGCUUAGAUACAUGUAUAACAGGACUUCUCCUUGCUGGAUAGGUGGAAACAAUGAGCCAUUGACUGGGUUUACAUGGAGAGGUGGAUGUGAACGGGAAACCACUGGCAUUCAGAUUUGGAGUGAAGUGUUUGUAAUUGAUAAACCUAAUGGAACAAAGGUUGCUGUACUACUCAUGGAUACCCAAGGUGCCUUUGAUAGCCAAUCCACUAUCAAAGACUGUGCAACAGUUUUUGCCCUGAGCACCAUGACGAGCUCUGUCCAGGUGUACAACUUGUCUCAGAAUAUUCAGGAAGAUGACCUUCAACAUUUGCAGUUGUUUACAGAAUAUGGAAGACUAGCUAUGGAAGAAAUUUACCAAAAGCCGUUUCAGACAUUAAUGUUCUUAAUUAGAGAUUGGAGUUAUCCUUAUGAACAUGCAUAUGGCUUGGAAGGAGGAAAAAAGUUCCUAGAGAAAAGGUUGCAGGUAAAACAAAACCAACAUGAAGAGCUACAGAAUGUAAGGAAGCAUAUUCACUCAUGUUUCAGUAAUCUUGGGUGUUUCCUGUUGCCCCACCCUGGUCUUAAAGUUGCGACAAAUCCAAAUUUUGAUGGGAGAUUGAAUGACAUAGAUGAGGAUUUUAAGAAUGAACUGCGGAAUUUGGUACCGUUACUGCUUGCCCCUGAAAACUUGGUAGAGAAGGAGAUUAGUGGAUCCAAGGUGACCUGUAGAGAUCUUGUAGAAUACUUCAAGGCUUACAUUAAAAUCUAUCAAGGAGAGGAGCUACCUCAUCCGAAAUCUAUGCUGCAGGCAACAGCUGAGGCGAACAAUCUUGCUGCUGUGGCAGGAGCAAAGGACUUGUACAGCAAAGGCAUGGAGCAGGUGUGUGGGGGAGAUAAGCCUUACAUUGCCCCGUCGGACCUGGAGCAGAAGCACCAGGAUUUCCGAGAGAGUGCCAUCCGGCAGUUCCGCUCCGUGAAGAAGAUGGGAGGGGAGGAGUUCUGCCGGCGCUACCAGGAGCAACUGGAAGUGGAAAUCGACGAGAUCUAUGCAAACUUUGUGAAGCACAACGAUGGCAAAAACAUCUUUUAUGCUGCUCGUACCCCUGCCACUCUGUUUGCAGUCAUGUUUGCCAUGUACAUAAUCUCAGGACUGACUGGGUUCCUUGGCAUGAACUCCAUAGCUGCCCUGUGUAAUCUCGUACUGGGGAUGGCUCUUAUAUCGUUUUGUACUUGGGCAUACGUUAAGUACUCUGGGGAAUUCAGAGAAGUUGGAACAGCCAUUGAUCAGAUCGCCGAAGCUAUAUGGGAACAGGUGUUUUCCAAACUCUUUGAAGUCCUUAGACGCCGAACGGUUCGUCGUGCUCUUACAUCAGUGCCGCGACAGCGACUCUCAUCCAACAAUAACAAGAAGAAAAACUAGCCAGUAUUUUUAACUUUCUUUCUGUAUCUGAAGUGUUCACACUUACACAUAUAGGACAAUAAGCUGGACCGUCUGGGCCGGUCUGCAUAAAUGCUGUAACCAUACCAGACUGAUGCUGCAUAUGGGGUAUGGAAUUGCACAUCCAUCUUCUAGGAACUGUAAAGUGGUUUGAAUUCAGUGAAAUACUGCUGUGUAGGAGGGGUAUCACUUGUGUCCAUAGCAUGUGACUGCUUCAACCUCAUUACUCUAGCAGCAAAGUUCAUUUCUCUUUCAGUUCAUGCCACUUUGUGUCAGACUUCAUCAUUCUAAGUUGUUUCAUGAUUUCAAGUCUCAUCUCUUUAUAUGAUUUCAUAUCUUAUUUUCCUUGGUUACCUCAUUUUCUUGUUUCUUUUGCACAUUUCUCAUUCCACAGGUGUUGAAGCCCAUGAGUGAUAAUUUGAUGGAGGAUCAUUUGAGGCAGUCUGUAAAAAACUCUAUCAAAGCAGGCCUGACCGAGCAGGUGGCUCACCAUGCCAGACUAAAGACAGACUGACAGUUC